AUGGCUCAUCCGCCUUUCCACAGAAACGGUGGCCAUCACCCGAACCGACGAUACCAGUCGGCGGGCGGCUACGAUCGCUAUGGGCGUGGUUCACUCAAUCGUCAACGCGACCUCCAAAACCCUGUCGGCGGAAGUCAGAUCACUUUACCCUAUCACCCUGGUCCCCCGCCCCAGCCCCAGGGGCGACUCUUUUACCCGGUUGGCGACUUUUGGGGCUUCGAGUAUCCUUAUGGCGUCCGAUCCUCUUAUUCCAUGGUCACUAGCCACGAUGGCUUGCCUCCGAAGCUGUACACGGAGAAUCACCUUCCCGAGUCUUUCUACACUGCCAACAAGCCCGGCAGGGCGAUCUUCAGCACCAACGAUGGCAAUAUCCAACCUCGCUACAUAGCACCUUCCGACUUCUACUCCGAUCGCAAACUACCACUGUGGAGUGCUGAGGAGAUUCAGAAGAAUGCCAAUUCAAUUCGCAAGAAGUUCUGGGAGCACAUGAAGAACAUGGCUGAGCCAGUAUACUGGGAAGACAUGUGCGACUACUUUGAUUGCUUCGACAUUUACCAUCAUGGCGCUCUCAACAUCUUCAAUCUCCUUUAUCAUCUGUGGCAUGAGAAUCAAGACUUGAAGAAGGAGGCUUACCGCGUGAUCGCCCUGGAAAUCGGUAUUUGGUGCGAUCGCUGGCUCGACAGAGGUAACAACAAGCAGAGGCUCCUGGACUUCCAAAACUGGGGCAACAUCAACAUCCUCUUCAGUGCAGACGACCAAGUCGGAAAUCUGGACGCCUCACAGACCGAGAUCAUGAAGAACGCCUUGCACCAUCGACAUGAUCAGCUUCGCCACAACUUUGUACCCUCUCCCACAAAUUACCCUUGCAAUCAGUUGGGUGUCCAUGGAGCCAGGAUUCAAGACUGGUUAUACGACCAGCCCAUCGCCGACAGCCACAACGGCCUUCACACCCCUUUGACUAGGUCAUACCCUACACCCAUCGGCCAGAGCAGCCUCGACAGUAUCCCAGAGCACUCGCAACCUCCCCGAGGAUACCAAACGCCCGUGGUCGCCAUCGGAACAAGCUCGAACCAUGGGGUCUCUCAGCCCCCCUCUCAGCCCCAAUCUCGGCUCCAACCUACUCCGGCAUCUACGCAGGAGGAAGCGCCCACGGGCUGGGAAAGAGUUCCAGGUAGGGAUGAGAAAAUUCAUGGUCCAGUCCACCGUCGAUCUCCCACCAGACGGGACUCUCGCAAGGACAGCACUAGGAUUGCGUCUCCUGACCAACUCUCCGAAAGCAAGUCGAUGGAGCCUUCACCGGAAGCAGAGACACAGUCCAAGCCGCCAUCUGAGGAAGUGCUUCCGGACGAAGCUUCGGGCGACGUUGAGACUACUCAGAGCACGAGGUCGCGUGGCAAAACCAUCACGGUCAACCUGCCGACCACGCCGAAGAAAAAGGACCCUCAGGGUUCUGAACCAUCCACUCCCCAGGCAAAGGCUACGUCUUCCUCUGCGGUGCAGUCAGCGAAGAAAACUUCUUCUCCCGCAAGCAACUCUUCCGAAGCCAAGACAGCACCGCCUUCAAGCACGCCGAAGCAACUUGAGAAAAUAUCUCCCUCCCCAACCACAACGAAGAGCUCCUCGAAAACUUCUACUCCGUACAGUCAAGUUUACAACGACGACAACGCCAACAACGUCGAGUUAGUUGAGUACCCCGAGCGCUCUCACCCUACUGCGAUGAAGACGCAGGAGGACAUGCAGAAGGAGAUCGCUGGUCGUAAGUUGGAUUCCAUCUUCGACACAAUGGCUUCAAGUAACCAGAAAGCCUCCUCAACAGCUGAGCAGCCUCUGACUGCUGUCGAGGACACUGACCCAAAGCCCAAGCCUAAGAGCAAGAGCAAGAAGAAGAAGAACAAGAAGAAGAAAGCUGCUGUUGUGCCUACUACGCCGCCUCCCACCACCUUCACGAUCAAUGAGGAUGAGGAUGUCAUCACUCUUACGCAGAACUACAGAAAGGAGGACACACCUAGUACUCUAACAGAGUACCUUGCCCGGGGCCUGCGAUCUAUCGAAAACUACCAUCCUUCUCAGGUCACCCCCGUUCCUACUGUCGAAGAUCAUCAUCCGAAGCUAGAUGCUCCGCCUACUGACCCGCCUGCCACCACCUCGCCUCCCACCACCUUCACGAUCGAUGAAGAUGAGGAUGUCAUCACUCUCACGCAGAACUACAAAAAAGAGGAUGCACCUAAGACUCUGACGGAGUACCUUGGUCGGGGCCUGCGAUCUAUCGACGACUGCGAGCCUGCCGUGCAAGCUGGACACGUCCCCACUGUCGAAGAUCAUCAUCCGAAGCAAGAUACUCCGCCUACUGACCGGCCUGCUACCCCGCCUGCCACCACCCUCAUGAUUAAUGAAGACGAGGAUAUCAUCACGCUCACGCAGAACUACAAGAAGGAGGACGCCCCUAAGACUCUGACGGAGUACCUUGCCCGGGGCCUGCGAUCUAUUGAAAACUAUGAGCCUGCUGAGGUCAAACGCGUUUCCACUAUCGACCACCAUCCGAAGCAAGAUACAACCCAGACCUCGAUGGAAAACCUUGCGGAGGAUUUGGCUUCGAUCAAAAUCACGCAGCCUGCUCAAAAUGACGAGCCAGAUGCUUCAGACACACAGACAGAGCCAACCGGGGACUCUGCCAAGCCCGUCCGCAAAGGCUUCCGCGCUGGCGCUGGCGGCUCCCUUCGCUUGUCGAAGACUCGGAGCAAAAACGUCAAGAACUUGAGCUUUGUUGGCCAGAUGGAAGCCGCCCAUGGCUCGAACCAGCCUCUCGACCCGGCGCCACUGACUAACGCAAGCUGUAGCACCGCCAAUGAUGGCAACUCGAGCAAUGCGUCUCAAGGCAAUGUCUUGACACCUGCGACGCCUCUAUCCGCAAGGGAGACCAUGCUCAAAGAAAAGACUGCCAUGGGGACAUCGCUCAAGGAAUCCCCAUCCAAGGAGACUCUGUCCAAGGAGAACUCGUCCAAGGGGACUUCGCCCAAGGAGACUUCGGCUUAG